UGGGGCGGCAGCUGCGCCACUGUGUGAGCGGCAGCAGGCAGGAGGAGCGGCCGCGGAGUGCACGGUGACAGGACGUUAUUUUUUUUUACAUGGUUAAAACACUAAACAAAGACGGUGACACUUGUGAAUCGAUAGGAACGUGCUCGAAAAACCCCGUCCGUCAUGGAGUCCUAUGACAUUUUAGCUAACCAGCCGGUGGUUAUUGAUAAUGGUUCGGGGGUCAUAAAGGCUGGUUUCGCUGGUGACCAGAUCCCCAAAUACUGCUUUCCUAACUAUGUGGGGCGUCCCAAGCAUGUGCGCGUGAUGGCUGGAGCCUUGGAGGGGGAUCUCUUCAUUGGACCCAAAGCAGAGGAGCACAGGGGCCUGUUGUCGGUGCGCUACCCCAUGGAGCAUGGGAUAGUGAACGACUGGAACGACAUGGAGAGGAUCUGGCAGUAUGUUUACUCCAAGGAGCAGCUGCAGACCUUCUCGGAGGAGCAUCCUGUGCUGCUGACCGAGGCUCCGCUCAACCCCAGCAAGAACAGAGAGAAGGCUGCAGAGAUCUUCUUUGAGACCUUCAACGUUCCGGCUCUCUUCAUCUCCAUGCAGGCAGUGUUGAGCUUAUACGCUACUGGCCGCACCACUGGGGUGGUGUUGGAUUCUGGCGAUGGAGUAACCCACGUCGUGCCCAUCUACGAGGGCUUCGCCAUCCCCCACUCCAUCAUGCGCGUCGACAUCGCCGGCAGGGAUGUCUCGCGGUACCUCCGUCUGCUGCUGCGCAAGGAGGGCUACAAUUUCAACACAUCGGCUGAGUUUGAGGUGGUGCGCACCAUCAAAGAGAGAGCCUGCUAUCUGUCCCUGAACCCUCAGAAGGAUGAGACUUUAGAAACAGAGAAGGCUCAAUAUGUCCUCCCUGAUGGAAGCACUUUAAAUAUUGGACCAGCGAGGUUCCGCGCCCCUGAGCUGCUGUUCAGACCUGACCUGAUCGGAGACGAGAGCUCUGGAAUCCACGAGGUCCUGGCUUACGCCAUCCAGAAGUCAGACAUGGACCUGCGACGCACACUCUUUUCCACCAUCGUACUAUGUGGGGGGUCAACACUGAUCAAAGGCUUCGGUGAACGACUACUAACUGAGGUCAAGAAGCUUGCACCAAAAGACGUUAAGAUCAAGAUCUCAGCUCCCCAGGAAAGGCUGUACUCCACAUGGAUUGGUGGCUCCAUCCUGGCAUCGUUGGACACCUUCAAAAAGAUGUGGGUGUCCAAGCGGGAAUAUGAAGAAGACAGAGCGCGUGCCAUCCACAGGAAGACCUUCUAGGCCUGGAUCGGCGGCAAACAUCCGCCAACCCCCUCCCAUCAGAACUGCCCUCAGAACCCAUCCCACCCACCCACCCACCCCCAUCCCACCCCGAUCAUCCCGCUGCUGAACAUCCCUGACACCAACAGCAAUUUGUGCGUUGUCCUUUAUGACCCUGCCCAGAUCUGAACCCCUGUGGGCCCCCAGAAACAAGCUUUUCUCUGUGUGCUGGGGGCCCAUGUUGAUCCCGGGGUAGUUCCUGCUGUCGGGUGAUGGUGGCAGCACCCUCCACACAUCCCAGUCUGUCACAUCCAGAGGGCCGUCAGGGUUCCUCAGAGGGCGGGGGUUAACACUGUGUACUCUUGUUGCUCUGAGUCUACAUUGAAGUAUUGGUGUUGCUCUCUUGCCUCCGCUGCCCUGUGAGGCGUAGAAUGUCAUCUAAUGUCAAUAAAGGUAAAUAUUCUUUACUGUUGAAAUUUCCAUUCCAGACCGAAGAUUAGAUUUGGUUUUUAUUUGUCUGUUUUUUAGGCAACUUCUUUCUGACAGUUAGCUUUGACACAGCAAACAUCUGAAGUAUUGCAGCAAUGCUCUAUCAUUAUAUAUAUAUAUUUACUCGUAGUAAAAUCACCGGUUCAUAGACACUGCAAAGUUAAUUUGUCAUCCAAAUUACCGGAGUCCCCUCAUGUUUCUGUCAUUAGGACAUGUUUCUGUGUGGACUUUGACAUCACAUGCUAAUGAAAAGGUUCACAGCUUCUUAUCCAAGCUGACGGGUUAAAACCUUGUGGGAAAUGCCUUGAUUUAUUUAUUAUUUGUUUUGCUUCUGUUUUUUGUUUUUCAAACCCGCUCUAGAAUCCAUGUCUGAAGAGGUGCUCGUUCGGGGGCUGCUGUGUUUUCUGCUAACUCUGUUGAAGACAUUCAAAGAAACAGAUUUUUUAUAUGUAGGCGAACACAAAACUUAUUCCAGCAAAGGUCGUCACAUUCAGCCAGAUAAUUGGGAAAGAUACUAAACCGGAUAUCUACGCUUUUGGGAACUUGUGCAUGCGUUUCUGGUUCUGAAAUCAGUCUCAGGACUGAGUCAAGACAAAAUUAUUAGUCAGAAGGUUGAAGACAAAACUACAUUCAUGGAAAUAUUGGGUUGAAUCUUCCUUCAAUAUUCUGUGACAUUAGGGAAAUGAUUUUGCUUUUAAAUUUGAAGUCUGGUUUGAUAAUUGAGCUGCAGAGACCCAACAAGGUCUGCGAUCGGCUCAUCUCCUCCUCCCUCGCUGUAGUUCCCAGUAAAACCGCCGCUCCUAUCAUUUCCCUGAACCUCCAUGACAGUGAAGGGGUCCUCCACCAUCAUGUCCGCCUUACUCCGGUGUAUCUGUGCCGGAGCGUCCACCUCAUCUGCUUUUGGGUGUUUUUAAAAAAAAAAAAGGUGAAAUUUAAAAAGGAAGAAAAAAAAAAGGUUGUAACAUGUCAUCGGCCUUGUGUACAUCGGAGUACAUUUCAAAAAGCACCACCCACACCAAGCAUACGGUAACAGACUAAACAUGUACAAUACUGUUGUUUACUUUUACUUUUCGUAAAUUCAGUACAAUAAAGUUAAUGGCUGCUGCUUG